CCCCGCUGCACCCUCUCCUCGCUGGCCAUUUUCGUUUGCUUGCUGCGUGCACGUGUCCAGAUUGCUUGUGGUUCUCCCGUGCUCUUGAUAUUAGUUGAGGAUCGAGGAGUGUAAGGGUCCUAAAAGACCAUGACAGUAAACGAGGAGGUGGAACGAGUGAAUUCCAAGCGAUGAAACCGGAUUGCUAGUUUACGAUGAGGGGCUCCGUCGCGUGGUACAAGAUGUGGUGAUAUGACUGUUUGUAAUGAAACGUAAUGAGUCCUUCGACGGUCCUGGGGCCAGACUCGCCAGUACCAGCAACACCAGCUACGUCGGUUGUGAUCCCCAUUGAGAAGAUAUUGAAUCUCCGGGAUGCCUGGUGUGGUCCCCGCCCUCAUCCGACCUCUGGCAGACCUGACCCUGCACCGCUCCCCGCCCCCGCGCACGCCCGCACGCCCUGCCCCGUCGUCCGCGCCCUUCCCCUGGAGCACCAUGCGACUCAAGCAGACCCUGCACCGCACGGCGAGCCUCCCCGAAGCCCGGCGCAUGCCCUUGCGGGGGGAUCCGCGGAGGCGCACAAUAGGGACCUGCAGGCAGUCCUCCGUCAGGUCGCGCAUGUCGGCCUCCAUGCGGCGGUCGCUCCGGCAGCGGGGCGGCCCCCUCUACUACAGUGCCCGCGCGCGCAUGAGGGACGUGAGGAACUGGGCGGACGUCGUGAGCCGGAGGAUGGCCGGAAGGAGCUCGACGCCGCUCGCGACGCCCGUCCGCCCGCGACUGCAGCCGACGGUGGUCGUGGCGCACGGGCGGCCAUCGCCGAGGCCUGCCAGGAAUAGCCCCCGGGUACGAGCGGCUCGCAGGGUGGCGUUCGCGGCCCACACGUUACGAUGGGAGGCCGCCAGUGGGCUAGCGGCCUUGUUGGAGUGCGGAGCUUCCGCGGGAAGUAGUGCGGCAGCGGCGGUGGUGCGGGCGUGUGCGGCAGUUUUGGCCAUGGCAGACGCCAGGCUCCAGCAGCUGCGGCGCUCGAUCAGCUCCUGGAGCCUUUCGACCGUUAAGAAACCCAAGAUCAACAUCCCAAAAUUAAAAACGCCAAAACUGAAAAUCUUCAGCGGCCGCAAAAGGAACAGGGUUGAGGGCAAGGAUGAUGCAGCGGCAGUAGAGGCCGUGAAGGCAGCCCUCCUCAGCGCAGAGGGGGAUGACGACGCGAAACAGGGAAAGGCAGCAGCCGGCGAGGCAGAAGGAAGGGUGAUCCACGAGCCCUUGGGGAAGGAGGGGGAGGACCAACCGACGAUCGUCCUCACGGUACACGAUCACCCGAGGGCCCCCGACCCCCCGCAGCCUCCUCCGAGCCCGGGCUUACUUGAUCCAAACGAUGACAUAGAAUACAUCGACUCCGACGAAGGGGAGGCAGAGAACCAGACGUCUCGGAGGAAAGGCGCGGACGUGGAUUACAGCGAUCAGUGGUACGACGCCCGAGGUACUCUCACGCGCUCCCGAGAGAACCUCAACCGAAUUAACGACGACUACGAAGAGUGUGUCGCGAGCACCUACUACGACGCGGCCGACGGGGCUGAUCCGCCUCUCGAACAGGGGAAGAAAGCGGUCGCGCCCGAAGCCAGGGGCAGCAAUGGGUCCCAGAAGGCGAGGGAGUGGGUUCAGAGCUUCAAUGAGGAUACGGAGCGGAGGGUUCGGCGGUGGAUGGAAAUGCAGAAGGAGAAGGACCCCUCGUCGAUGCCCAAGAGCAAAUCGGAGAUACGCCUUGAUAAACUAGAUGAACCCUCAGGAAAAUGGGCUGGGAGGAAUGAGAUUCAGCUGAACGCCACAGAGGAUGACUACAUUCUUGGGGAAGUUAGUGUUCGUGAUGGCAGAGCUGACAACAAAAAGCAAGACAGCAAGACAGAAAAGAAUGAGGUGGCUCGUCGGGAAAGUCUGAAGAAGAUAUUCCAGGUUCGAGGAAAGUUGUCCAUCAAGCCUAUCGUCGACUCGCAAAGACCCACAUACACAGAUACGGAUAUAUAUAUAGCUUCAACACCGUAUGCUUUGGCCAACCCGCCGAGACCUCAGGACCGCAAACUCCUACCUGGCGAUUCUCUGGACGUAUCUGACGACGGCAUCCACUGCGCGUCCAUCGACCUUGAUCCUGCAGUGGAACUAGGUGGGGAUUCCUCCAAGACCUCGACGCAUGCGCACACGGAGGGCCAAAAACCGAAGACAACCGCCAGGAGAAAGUUAAACCUCGAAGUUGGUGCCAGAUCGGAUAAUAUUCCAGACAUCAUUAUUGAUUCCCCUGAGGUUGAUGAGAACAGACAGGAUCUGACGAUUCUUAGACCUCCACAAACGAUAAUAGGAGCAGAUGUGUCAAUGCUAAAGUCAGACGAAUCAAGUGUUCCUGAUCAGCUAACAGAAGCAGGCGAGGACUCCACUCUACAAGACGUAACUUGGACAGAAGAUUCCAUUGCUGCUGACACGAACAAAGAGGACUAUUUGGAAUUCCAGAUGGAAACAGCCGACACAAUGUUUGAAGAAGCAGAUGCAGAUCGUAGUAAUACUUUAACAUUAGAACAGGAUUCUCCAUCUAAUUGCAAAAAGCCUGAAAGAAAGAAACGAAAAAUCCCAGGAAGUAGUAUUCACAAAUCCAUCAAGAACUUCGCCGGUUCAUUUUUCAACCAGGACGUAAGUGUCGAAAGUGAAUCCGACAAGAAAAAGAAGAAGGGAAGACUCAGUCCCUUUACUAAAGAUCACUUAGCAAAAACUCCCUCCGCAGCGGUUGACGACAAAAGAGAAUCGUGUAUUAACGCAGACCAGUCUGAUAAAGCAACAAAGCCACAGAAAAGUGUAGCUAAAGAAUCGUUGCCCGAUGUCUUACUCACGUCCGAAACGGCUACUCCGGGAUCCGCAAAAACGCACAAGGUCUCCACAGAGAGCCUCGAAUACAUCUCCCCAAUCGAAUCAGACGAACAAAAGUCCGUUUCUUCACGGUCUUCGCAAGACAUCGGUAACCCAUUCCUCGAUGACGGAGAGCUGAAUUUUAGGAAAGAGGCGUUGCUAGCUAUCAAGGCGCAGGAAAACGACGACGUAUCAACUCAGUAUUAUAGUUUCCUAACUGCCGACGACGGCUAUCAGCCGACUUCAAGGGAGACAGAAACAUCGACGCCAUCCCCGGAAAAUGUCGUGCCGCAAAUACCACACGUACCAGACUCGCACACUUCGUCCCUUACUUCGAGUUCUACCGUCACUGGGAAAGUUACGGCCACGCCUAGCCAUGAUAAUGCCAAGGGAACAACAGAUGCCCAGCAGAUUCACAGACUCUCAAGGUACAAUUCAUUUACCGAACAAUCCUCCAAGACAUCGCAACCCUUGAGCCCAGAAGAGAGAGUACCCAAACCGCAAACUUUGACACUGAACACAAAACAAGAGACAUUACAGCCAGGUACUCAGGAGACUCCUCAGCCUCCGAAACCAAGCCCCAGGACCAAGAAGGGGCGCUACGGCUAUUCAACAGGACCCUCCACGCCGACGACUCCGACGGGGAGCAUCACAACAAAUGUUACCACAGGACCGCAAGUGACCCGUGCCGACGCAGGGGUCACGAAGACACAGGAUUCUCAAAGCACUACAAGCACGCCUGUGGGGACCACUGAGUCCGAUGAAAAAACAUUUAUGGCUACCUUCCCGAGGCGCAAAGCUCCAAGCCGCCAGCCAGGUACAGCGGAGGUCGAGAGGACAUCUUCUGACUCUGGGUACGCCGGCCCCGGAAGCACCUACUACACAGGUACCGAAGAACCGCUUUACUGGGAAAUCAGCGAGACGAAGGGCGCCCCGCCACGCCCGAGUCCCCGUGCCAAGAAGGGUCGACGCGCACCGAGCGAACCGACGCUGAAUGUGGCCAUCUCUCCCAAAAAGCCCGAAGCCCCUGCCCCGUCCCAGCCCAAACAGCCUCCAGAAUGGAUUCAAGUUCGAGCCCCGAUCCCAACGCCUCGAAAAAAGCAGCGCUCCCUCCAGUCCCUGCCCACCGUAGUACCAGACGACGACUCGAUCGAAACGGUUAAAAAAAAACUUCAAUUGAUGUCGAGCGUCCCCCUCCAGGGCUCUCGCCUGCCAGAGCCAGUGGCGCCAAAGAAAGAAGAUCAGUUCUAUAGCGGAAAAGCAGCUUCGAUAUCCUAUGGCUUUAGCACAGGGAACGUCGCCCCGCCAUCUCCUCCAGUAAGGCCAAGGAAAGCUUCCCAAAUGUCUUUACCGGGGGCCAUGGCGGCAGAAGAGGUGCACAGUAGGCAGCAGAAGCGAUCGUCGCUGUUCGUGGAAGGGUCGGCGCCGUGGGCUCGGGGCUCGCGACCGCCCUCCGUGAAAAGGACGCAGCGACGAAGUGAAUCUUUAAAAGGAACAAGAGGAUCGACCCUAAAGCCUUGCGUACAGCGGCUGGGGUCGGCUGUGAUCCGGCUGCACGACUUGCUCCUAGCAGUCGGCCUCGGUCCCGGGAAUUCCAGCCAGGAAAAGAGCGACGAACUCCUAGCAGAUGUCCUUUACUCCGUCCACUCCCUCAUGGGCGGAGCUGGGGGCGGCGUGUGGGCAGUCGGAGGACCCACGGUGGCUGCGGCGGCGUCUGCAGGGGGCCAGACGGUACCCGGGUCCUCCAACCGGAUCAGCGUGUCCCUAGCGCAAGUAACCCAGGUCCUGCAGGAGGCUUUCCACGUCGGGGCCGACACGCUGGAGGAUCUUACACAGCAGAUCAAGACGAGGCCGGUUCCUGAAGUUAUACUUCACUUGAGUGUUAGGGAGGCCAAGGACUUGCGGCCGAAGACAGUGAAAGGCAAAGCUAACCCAUACGCGACUGUAGUGAUACCCAGCAGUGGCGGUUCUCAGCGGACCAGACUCGAGAAAAAUACACUCAGUCCCAAGUGGAACCAAGAUUUCACUUUGAAAGUGAAUAACAUUCAAAAUGAUGUCGUCCGUCUGCAGAUAUGGCACGAGCACGAAGCGGUGGCAGUGCAGCAGCUAACAAAAAUUAAAGACAUGAAGAGUUUGUCAAGACUCGUUCGAGAAACGACAGCUCAGGCCCAACACCAGGCCAAUCACCUCCUCGGACAAGUCAUUAUAUACCUGAAGGAGGUGAGCGAGGGCACCAUGGACGGGUGGUUCGCCCUGGAGAAGGAAGGCGGGGACCUGCAGAAGGAGCGAGGGAGCGUCCGUGUCCAGGCCUUCGUGUCUACCUCAACGAAGCUUGCUGACAAUGGCCGACGCCCUUACGAUGCUCUCCUGACGCGGCUCAUCCAUCAGCAGCUGACGACGGCCGCGAACAAUAACCACCAGGACGAGUGGGUGACACCGUGGAAUGGCCAUGUCAGCAGCGGGGCAGCAGCGGCUCUGGCUCAGCAUGCCAUAAUGCUUGGGCUCACCGAACCUAGCAUGCAGCUGUCGUGGUGGAGCGUCGGCAGCCGGGUCGCCACCGUGGAUGCUGCUUGGAUUCUCUCACAGCUGCACCGAGUACAGACAGCUCUCGGGAAGGGAUUGUACGAGGGCGAGGACCUACAUGAGCUGCAGGCUUCUCUCUCUUAUUUCGUAAGGGCUCACGUCGAACGCCUCAAGGAUCUCCAUGAAGCCUUCCCUCCUUCUUCAGGUGUCAUUGCGCAGCACCAACUCAGCUACACGUUAAAAGCCUUGCAGAGUAUACAGAGCCAUUCCCAGACGCGUGCUCUCUUGGAUCAAGAGGACCUUCCCCAUCUACAAGAAGCAGUCAUGGCCAGUCUCAACUUACAUGCGAAAAAUUGGUGGACUCUCUUGGUUGAAGAACAGCUGAUUGGUGUGAAAACCGCAGACGAGCAGAUACUAAGAGUCAUCAAAAUCCUUGAAGAAUCUCACACUUUCCUCACACAUGCUGCUAAUUUCUACAGUGGGAUUCUUAAGAAGGAAAUGGACAUCUCGUACAUGCAAACAGUCUACCUAAUGAUUAGCAAGAAGAUCAACCCCUGCGUGAGGCCGCUGGUUAUGAACAUCUACAACCGCAUGCCAGCGUUGAGUGAUAGCGAGGAGCCCUUGGAUACGACGGUACAAUACGCCCUCGAUGUCGGCACGUCCCUGUGGCAGCUGUACCGAAAUCUGGGACGCAUUCAUUUGCUCGGCGAAGCGCUUCCCCCGGAGGUUCGAGCGGAGUCCGGAGUCCGCGAAUACCACCGCUGGUUCUCUCGAGGCGUCAUGAGGUGGCUGGAACUGGCGAUUCGUCGUGCUCAGGACAUGAUCAAGAAGGCAGUGGAUCUUGACACGUUCCAGCCAGUCGACAAUCUGUGUAACUUCAGCUCCUCUGCCACGGAUACGAUAGGGAUUUUCCAUGAUGUGAAAAUCUGGUGGCUGAAGCUGGCGUGGCCCGACCCCGAGAACAGCGCCGUCCUCUUGGCCAAAAUCCUCGAGGACGUCUGCUGCUGCGCGACGAACUACUCCGACCUCCUCCGGGAUAAGGUCGACUCCAUGUUCUGGCAGACGGAAAACUCGGACCAGCUGUUCAUAACGGAGCGGAUCUGCGUGGGCCUCAACAACAUCGAGCGCGUGAGGAGGGAACUCACAGGACUCCCAAGUCACUUUGGGUUCGAGGCCCUGCUUGAGGACGUGAGAUCUGCCGGCAGUGGCAGUGCAGCGGCUUCGCAACUGAAGGAGACGGUGGAGAGGCUGAUUUCGAGCGCAACCGAGAACAUGGAGGGGAAAGUGAAUGAAUUCAUUGAGGCCGUCAUGGAAAAGAUGAAACCGACGUUAGAAAAAGCAGUGUACGAGGCGUGUGAAUUGCAAGACGAGGCUCCCCUCCUCGACCAGGUGCUUUACCCAAAUUUCAAGCUUCUGCACAACAACCUCCACAGUUUGAACUUCCAGAGGUUCUUGUGGCACGUGUGGGAGGUGAUGGUGGAACUCUUCAGGGCCACGGUUGCCAAAAAUACAGAGAGGAGAAGAGCGAAUUACUUUGGAGGCGUCCGGAAUAUUCUGGAAUCUACACUGAAAUUCUUCUCACCUGAUGAAGGGAUUGGCAUCGACACAGAAAGUGCCCAGACACCAGAAUACACCUCUCUCUUGGAGUUACUGGAUAGUUUAAGGAUGUCUACCGAGGCGCUGAUAUCGAAAUAUUAUCAAGAGCGUCACGAACAACAGGUGAAAUCAAGUCUUCCGACAAAAGCACAACUCGUCACAAAGAUGCUGUUUACUCGUCCAGGCAAGUUGAUAGUGGAAGUGAUCAUGGCGCACGAUAUAGUGAUCGAGAGUGACACGGGCAUAAUCAGCUCUCGCAUGGGUCCUCACGCCCACCAGGCCAUCGAUUCUUACGUGAAGGUCCAGCUCGUUCCUCAGGACUGGUUCCCGACGGCUGCCAUUCGCAAAACCAAGACACAGAGGAAGGAUCCUGCUGUUUAUGAUGAAACGUUUGAGUUUGACGUAAAUAGAGAGGACGAUGGAGUACGCGCCGGCCUCCUCCUGUUUACCCUGAAGGACUACAACCUCGGCCGCUCCAACACGUUCAUAGGAGAGGCUCUGGUACCCUUGGCCGACCUCCCGUGUGUUGACUCGUCGGAAGUCCACACAGUACCCAACACCUACCUCAAGAUGACUACUCCUGGACUCGAUAAUGAAUACAAAUCGCUAACAGCCCUUCACUAUAGAACCUGGGACAAGAACGCUACCUCCUUCUUGAAGAAAGUCUCAAAACGCCUUGCUGACUCCAAGACCAAGGGAUCAGCCACUCUUAGGCCCGAGGAAGAAAAGGGAAGACCAAGAAGUCCGAAUCUCAUCGAUAGACUGAAAAUUUAAAAGUGACUCGAUAAAAAUGCUGUACAGUAACAUGCGUACGAUACAGUAAUGACAGUGUUUGUUUUACGUGGACUAAUUGUGUUGGAAUGAUCCCACCUGCAUGUAUUGCUAUCCUGUUGUCAGUGAACGGACCUUACCCAAGAGUGAAAACAUUUUAUUGUAAAUACAUCGACACCAGUGUAAAUACAACUUUAUACCUAAUGUAAAUUUAUCUUGAAUGGCUGUGAACUUGGGGUGCCACACUGGAUGUAAAUCAUUCACAUGUCUGAUACAGACCUAACUGAUAUGGAAGUUCCUCUUUUAUAUUUCAAGCUUCUGUUGCCACUCAGUACCCAUUUUAUAAGACUUGGUUUAUUUUGAAUUCAUUUCGUGUGCCUAAGUAACAGAAGAAUUUAUCGUGGAAAUGUAGUGAAAGACUGAGUGAUGUUUUAAAUAACUAGACGUGCAAUCUCUAUGUAUAAGUGUAUUAUAUUAUUCCUAGCGAAUAUCACACGUAUAUCAUAGGUAUUUGAAGUGUACCCUAAGUAUGUAGUUAUGUAUUUGUUUGAACUAAACAUAUAGUAGCAAUACUAUGGACAUAUUUUGCCUGUAAUCAAAAGAGUGGAUGAGAGAAACCAUGGCAACAAAAUUGUAUUUAGCAUUAUAAGAGAGAGAGAGAGAGAGAGAGAGUGUGUGUGUGUGUGUGUGAGAGAGAGAGAGAGAGAGAGACUGACUUUGUACAGAUGUGUGUUCCUUUUUUUUUUGGUUUUCAAUUUUCUUUCAUACAACUACUAAAUCAUCAUAUAACAAUUGCCCAACUUCAAGACUAUUAAAAGAGACUAGUUCUGCUAAUUUCUUGAGGUUGAGGAAGCUGACUGUAUAUCAUAUGUAUUCAUCAUUGGACGGCGUAAGAUAAACCCACCUUUGCCUAGGUCUUUCAUUAGAAUUCUUUAGAACUAAUAUAUACUCUUAUCAUUCACAAUACUCAUUACUCUCACAGUGUUUCACUAGUCAGUAUGUUCAUGAGCCUUCUCCCAGUCACAAUAUUUCUUCAUAUUGUAAAAAAAUGAUAUUCUGAAUCAUUUUGUAUAUGAAAUGUAAUAAACAUUUCUAUUAUA